GUACGCGUAAAGGAGAUGUCGGCAGGGAGGACCCGGAUACAUUAUUAUUGACGCUUUUCCAAGCUGUGCGCAUGAGAUAUUUCUCACCAGAGCAGCAGUAAACAACUGAGCAAAGAGGAUGGGAAGGGGUGCCCGCGGUGUUUCUUACGCUGAAAGCCUGGCUGUUUCCACCCAACACCGACUUUCGCUUUUCAGCCGUAUAUCCAGGAGGGACUAGCGAGCUAGCAGCACAAAAGCUACUGCCUUUAUUGUGGCCCUCAACCAACCUCCCAGCUAGCAUCCGUCGCAUGCAUAAAAAGAGAGAAAAUGGUGUACCUGUUAAAUCCUAUAGAGAACCUGAGAAGCUACAUCAACAACCGUCCACCGCUGGUCAUUUUUAUGAUCAGUGUCAGUGCAGUGGCCAUCGCCUUCCUGACCAUCGGCUAUUUCUUCAAGAUUAAAGAGAUCAAGUCUCCAGAGUUGACAGAGGACUGGAACACCUUUCUGCUGCGCUUCAACGAGCUGGACUUUUGCGUGUCAGAGAAUGAAACGAUAAAGCACGGCCUGAACGAGUCGACCACGCCAGAGAGCAUGGUUGUUACCAGCGGUCAGGCUCGUUCCAGCACCCAAGUUCCCCUCCUGCUAGAGGACUCAGGUCCCAUCAACAUGUCAGUCCCCAUCACCCUCACGUUGGACCCCCAGCGCCCAUUUGGAGGAUACUCUCGCAAUAUCACCCACCUGUACGCCACAGUGCUGGGACAGCAAGUCGGCCUAUCUGGCCGGGAAGCCCAUGAAGAAAUAAACAUCACUUUUACCCUGCCUGUAUCCUGGAACUCAGACGAGUGUGUUCUGCACGGCCACUGCGAGCAGGUGGUGUUCAGCACUUGCAUGACCAUCACAGCAGCCGGCAAUAUCUUCCCAGUCACAGUGCAGCCACCACACUGCGUGCCGGAGACGUACACGAACGCCACGUCUUGGUACAAGGUGUUCACCACAGUCCGCGACUCGGAUACCAAGUACAGUCAGGACUACAACCCCUUCUGGUGUUACAAAGGAGCCAUCGGAAAAGUGUACCACGCACUCAACCCAAAGCUGACUGUCAUCGUCCCUGAUGAUGACCGUUCUCUCAUCAACCUGCACCUGAUGCACACAAGCUACUUCCUGUUUGUCAUGGUCAUCACUAUGUUCUGCUAUGCAGUCAUCAAGGGGCGGCCUGGCAAAGUACGGCAAACCAACCCCGACUUCUGCCCUGAGAAGGUACAACAGACACCAGCAGUGCUAUAUGACGAGAACAGGUGGCACUGUCAGAGGGUUAAAAAGGCAUCCGAGAUCUGUGUCAGAACUUACCUGUAACAUGGACAAACUCAAAGAAACAGAAGAAGUGAAAAUACCAGUUGCCUAGUGAACCCUGGAAAUACAAUAAGGGACACAAAAGCUCUGUGAAUGCAUUACUCUUGCAACGUUGGGUCUUUCCAACCAAAGAUAUACAAGUGCCUGUAUCUAUGGUGUAAAUAUUUGCAGGAACUCUAAUAUUCAGUGCAAAACCUUUUUCUUCUUCUUUUUGUCUAUUCUUAUCAUUUUGCCUGAGUCCCCUUGUGCCAUGUCAGAACAUGCAGUACAUUAACAAAGCAGGAGGCCAGACUAUAGAACAACAUAGCCAUUUUUCUAGGAGUCAAUUGGUCUCAUUUCCAAGCAAGAUAUUAAAAAUAAAAAAGUUUUGUGGCUUUUAUCACAAAGUUAUUGCUGUAAAUGUUUGGAUAUCUCAAAACUGUGUGUAAAUAGGGCUGUCGCAAUAACUGCAAUAUUGCAAUACCGCGCUAUGUUUGCUUUUUUUUCAUGAUGCUAGUCCCUUCUUGUUUUACAGUUAAAUGCGUGUGUAUUGAAUGUUAAACCCCAGUCCAGUCCAGUGGCUGUGGAGG